AUGGUGGUGCUUUCGUUUGUUGGUUUAUUUCUGCUAGUAGCUUUUGGUAUUGAUGUUAAUGCUUAUAAAUCCUAUUCACAACAUCAACUAUGGCGUCUAAAUGUUACAACUGAUGAACAAGUCAAAGGACUGACUGAUUUACGUCGCAAAGCGUAUGAAUUUAAUAUCAAUUUCUGGUCGGAAGAUAUUCGAAUCAAUAUUCCAGUCGAUGUCAGCAUAGGACCGAAGUCUAUUCGUGAUUUACAUGAAUAUUUAUCUUUGAAUAAAAUCAACUAUGAUGUGAUUAUGAAAGACAUUGGCUCCAUGAUUGACGGUCAAAAACUCCUUCAUCAAUUUCGACCGUCUAAUCUCAUUGCAAAUGACUUUGCAUAUGAUAAAUACCAUCCACUAGAUGAAAUUCAUUCGUGGAUUGAUACUAUGGUUCAGACCUAUCCCUCAUUAGCAACAUCAUUUAUUGNCCUUUCCACUAGUCACCUUUUCUUUCUCAGGCAAGUCUAA